GCGGAGCUACUGAACAGGAAAACAAGAUCAAAGCGAUUUGCUUCACCACAGUGGAUGAGUUUAUGUGUCGAUGUUUACAAGUCCCAUUUGAAGAAGAAAGAUGAGACUUAGGUCUCAAAAGACCCUUACAGCAUCUUGCUCGGAGAUGCCGAGGAGCAAACGCCGUUGGUCUAACAACGCAACGCCGAGACAAACGAGUUUAUCGUGGACCGAAAGCCUUCUUCAAACCAAGGAUGACGAGACCUGUGAUAAUGACUCAUACGACGAUAUUCCCACAAUGAUGAGGCGGCCGCUGCUUCGUGGCCGGGCAAGGAAGAGAGCCAUCGCUGUUAAUGAGGGAAAAACUGAUUUGGUCUUCAAGACUCCGAUCAGGCCCAUCGUGCGCCAUGAGAGCAUACUGUCGGAGAUCAGCCCAGUGUCUCCUCACAAUGCAACAGCCAGAAACAUCUACUCUCCCAUCGUGCGUUUCCUCACACCCACUAAAGAGACAUUUUUCCCCUGUCCAGAUGUGAAGCGUGCAGGUAGUGGAACCACUGUGUUGAUGAGCCCAGAACAAGGUGUGUUUGGCUUUGGCUCCAUUGACCUUCUGGCUGGAGAAGAGGAAGAUGACAUCUUCAAUCCCUCCACGUUCAUCAAGAACAUACCGUCGCAGUCUGAACAUUCCCUUCCCCAAAUCAGAGAUAUUCCCCCCAAGACCAGGAGCACCCCGGAGGCCACUCUGGUGGUCGACCUGGAGGAGACGCUGAUGUUCAGCUCUCUGAAUGUGAUCGAGGAAGCGGAGUACACCUUCAACACCGCUUUCCAGGACCAUCAGUACAAGGUGUACAUGAUCCUACGACCACAUGUCAAAGAGUUUCUGCAGUCCAUGGCAAAAAUCUAUGAGCUGUUUGUUUACACGUGUGCAAAGAAAGAAUACGCAGAGAAGAUAUUGGACAUCCUGGACCCGCAGAGAAAACUGUUUCGACAUCGUCUGUAUCAGGAGGAUUGUGCCUGUGUUCUCGGCCACUACAUCAAAGAUCUCGGCGCUCUUGGGAGGGACCUCGCCAAGACUGUCGUUCUGGACAACGCACCCCACACGUACCCGUACCAUCUGAUGAACACGAUUCCCAUCAAGAGCUGGUCCGGGGAGUCGGAAGACCGAGAACUCCAGAAGCUCGUCCCUUACAUGGAGAAAAUGUCAGCUGCGGAGGAUUUUCGGGAUGUACUGAAGAAGAGGAAGGAUCACUUCCACAGGCUGCUGUCGGAGGACUAACAGGACUCACCCCCACCCUCACUUGAACUACUUUAUGUGACUUUCACAGCUCAUGUUUACUUUCUUUAUGCUUUGGGUAAAAGCAGAAUCCAGUUGGAACUAGCUAACCUUUGUGGCGGACCUGCUCUCCCUCCCCUCUCGUCCCUGAUCACUUUAGAGGACGGCAGCAGAUCGUUACUUCAAACAUGCUGAUGGUUGUUUGCUACCAAAACCUUGUUUCUCCAAAACUCAUUCCACAGGGCAAUAAACUGCCCAGUGCUUGUGUAUAUUUACAAAACUUGAAAUAUGAUGUUUAUAGUCAUGAUCUUUUUAAUUUAUUGAUUAUAUAUCUAAUCACCUCCUGUUAGCUCUGUAUAUUUUAGAUAUGCAUUUUUUUUUUUAUGCAAUGAAAUCACCUGGAUAAUAAAUGGGAAAAUAAAGUACUUCUGUCGGGUUUGCUUUCAGCACAUUGUGUUUAA